UGGACGAGAAGGCUGGAAUCGGGAUAAUUUGCAGAUUAUGGGAAUUAUACUGCACUGUGCUGCUCUUGGUUUCCUAGAGCCCUGUUGGUCCAACUCCGGACAAUUUGAUGAUAGCGGUUUUGGUGGGAGCCUGCUGCGUGUGGCAUGGGCACUGGGGAUUAUAUCUGUGUAACGGUGCGCGGAGGCGCGCCCUGGGGCUUCAGUCUCUGCCAAGGAGAGGGGGAUGCCUACCGACCUUUGCAGGUUUAUCAGGUGGAAGAGGGGGGUCGUGCGUCCCUGGCCGGGGUUUGUGAGGGGGAUGAGGUGGUGUCGCUGAAUGGAGAACCCUGCGGUGACCUUUCCCUCCCAGAAGCUAUUGCUCUCAUUGACGCCUGCGUCAACUGCCUGCAAUUACUGGUCAAAAGAUGCUGUGCACUAACCCCCGAGGCAUUUGAUUCAGAGGAGACCUACUUUGGCACAAGGGAGUCCUCUGGUGAGGCUUUGGAAAGCACCAACCUCCGCAUCCUGUCCCUUUGCACGUCCCAACCACCCAGAGAGCUCUACAUCGCUGAGUCCCAGGAUGAGACCUACUAUGGGGAGACGGAGAGUGACACGGAGGCCGCCAGAGGGACCCAUCUGGUCCGUACCCAGCUCUGCGGCCCAGAGUCCCAGUUACUCGGAGGGGGAGGGUACGGAGGUCUAGUAGGACCCCGGGGAGCGGGUUUCUCCCCAGGGGCAAUGGUGGAGCUCCAGUUGUCCCUCUCUGAACACACCCUGGAGGAUCCUGUCUGCACCUCCCUGGGGAGUGCUCUUGGAAUAGAGGGGGAGAUCCAGGCGAGAGAGGCCCUCCAGAACAAGGCCCUCCUCCAUACCACCACCCACUCGCUCUAUGUCUGUGGCCCAGCUAGGGAGCCCCUAAGUCAGCAUGGAGUGGUGGAGAUCACCCUGCAGCAUCCCGCAGCCGGAAGGGGUUCUCCAUGUCUGGUAGAGGGGGAGGGUGCCUGUGGGGCCAGUGGAAAUGUUGGUGGAGCCCCCAGGGAGGAAGGAGCAGGGCAAAGCCAGGGAGCUCCUGCCUCCUUCACUGUCUCCUUCGGAAUUCCCAAAGAGGGUGCCGAGCCGGCAGAGGAGCCAGACUCGGAUUCGGAGAAGGACCUUGGGAAACCCAACAAGCACCGGGCCAGGCACGCCAGGCUCAGGCGCAGUGAGAGCCUGUCAGACAAGCAGGUGAAGGAGGCCAAGUCUAAAUGUAAGCGCAUUGCUAUUCUUCUGAACGCUGACGCUCCCAACCCCAACAACAAGGGGGUGUUGAUGUUCAAGAGGCAUCGACAGAGGGCCAAGAAGUACACACUCGUCAGCUACGGCACUGGUGAGAGCGAACCAGAGUACGAGGAAGACGACAGCGAGGAAGACUACGAGGAAAAAGACCCCCGAGCGAUCAAAUUUACCCUCUUAGCCACCACCAGCGAUUCAGAGCUUGACGAGGACUUCUUUACUAAUGCCCAUGGUGGAGGCAGAGUGAUAACCUGCGACUGGGACACGGGACUACUCAAUAUCGAGCGCAAGCUCAAUUCCGGAGAGGAGAUGGACCAACUGCCCAACACCACGGGCAAGGGGGCCACAAUGUUUUCCCAGCGCCGCCAGCGCAUGGACGAGAUCGCUGCCGAACAUGAGGAGAUGAGGCGCCAGGGGAUUCCUGUGGAGGGAGUGCAGGAGGUGGAGAAGCAUGCAGCCUACCAGCAGAUGGAGGAGCGCUCGUACAUGCAGGCCACCACAGAGAGCCAGGCCUACAUGGACGUGAACGUGCACCAGAAGCAGCAGCAACAGUAUCAGCAGUUCCAAGAACAGCAGUAUUACGAGCAGCAACAGCAGCAGCAGCAGCAAUACCAGCAGCAGCAAUACCAGCAGCAACAACAGUACGAGCAGCAGCAAUACAACCAGCAGCAGCAAUACCAGCAGCAACAACAGUACGAGCAGCAGCAGUACCACCAGCAGCAGCAAAUUCAACAGUACUCAUCUAACAUGAAUGGCGUCGCCAACCACCAAAGCAAUGAAAUGCAGAGUUCCAUGAGCAAUCAAACUCCCCAACCCUUCUCGGUACAAAACCAGGUGCCCGUCCCAUUUCUUACCCCAAUGAGUGGGAACAACCAAGAAGCGAUGAGUCAGGGGGAGCAGAUUGCCUCGCGCGAUGAGCGCAUUUCAACGCCGGCUAUUAAGUCUGGGAUCUUGCAGGACACAAGGAACAGAUUCAAGGGCAAGCCAAUGUUCAAUUUCAAACAGGCUCCCAAAGUUCCACCCAACCCGGAGCUUAUGAAUCUCCUCAACAGGAGUGACAAGAAGUUGGAUUUCGAGUCAGCUACGGAAGAGGACUACCUUAGCUUGGGGGCUGAGGCUUGCAACUUCCUCCAGUCACCAAGGGUCAAACAUAAGACGCCUCCACCAGUCGCUCCCAAGCCCAUCAUUAAUCCCAACUCUCCGCCUUGGUCCCCUCAGCCUGAGCUGGCCAACCAGGAGUUGCCACUGCAUGCUGAAAAUAGUGUCCCCGCACCUGCUACAGCCUCCGACCCGGAGUCCGCCCCUGCUCCAGAACUGGAUCCAACCCCUGUACCGGCCCCAGAACCCUCCCCCCCUCUUGCACCCCAGGAAGUUCCUGCCAACACCCCCUCUCCAGAAAAACACACAUGGAGUCCCCCAGGGUCCCAGGCAGAGCAGCAGCCCCAGCAAGUGCCAGCCUGAAGAAAUGGACCUUCUCCACCUCAGCCUCAUUCACAACCCGAGCCUCAAGUGAGUUCUAAGGCUCCACCACAAACACAGGCACAACAGCAGCCACAACUGCAGCCACCCGUGAGUACUUGGACACCUGCUGAAAUGAAGCCCCAAGCUCCAGCUCCAAGUCAGUCCCCACCACAGCUCCCUUGGGUGACUCCCCAACCUCCUCCUCCUCAGCCUCAAGCUCAGCCUCAGCCACCAAUUAAUUAUUGGGCUGCCCAGCCCCAAUGGGCUCAACCUCAAGAGCAAGCACAGGUCCAACCACCAUGGGUUCAGCCUCAAGAACAAGUACAGCAACAGCCCCAGUCACAUUGGGCUCAGCCUCAAGAACAAGUUCAGCAACAGCCCCAGUCACCAUGGACUCAGCCUCAAGAACAAGCACAGGCCCAGCCACCAUGGGUUCAACCUCAAGAACAAGUCCAGCAACAGCCCCAGCCACCUUGGGCUCAGCCUCAAGAACAAGCACAGGCCCAGCCAUCAUGGGUUCAACCUCAAGUUCAGCAACAGCCCCAGCCACCAUGGGCUCAGCCUCAAGAACAAGUUCAGCAACAGCCCCAGCCACCUUGGGUUCAGCCUCAAGAACAUGUACAGCAACAGCCCCAGCCACCAUGGGGUCAACAACCUCAGCCUCCACAACAGGCUUGGCCCCAGGCCCAGCCUCAGCCACCUUGGGUGUCAUCACCUCAGCCUCCAAUGAAUGCAUGGACACCACCACAGAGCCAGGCCCAGCCACCACAGCCACCUUGGGCCCAAUCAGCCCAACCCCAACCUACAGCUCAGCCCCAACCCCAUAUGAAUACAUGGUCCCAAGCACCUGCUCAGGCUCAAGCACCUGCUCAGGCUCAAGCACCUGCUCAGGCUCAGGCUCAAGCACAGCUACCCAUUAAUGCCUGGACCCCAGAUCAGAAUCAGGUCCAGCCACAGUCACAUUGGGCCCAAACAACUCCAACCCAAUCACCAUCCCAGCAAUGCUGGCAACAGCCACCUCCACAGCAGACACCCCCACAGCCACCUAUGAAUGCAUGGGCCCCGGCUCAGGCACAGCCUCAGACACACACAAGUACCUGGGCCCCACAACCACAGCAAGCCCCAGUAAAUACCCAGAUCCCGAUGGACAGAGUGGCUCAACCUUCUCCGAAACCUGGGAAUGCGCCACAAAAUGCUCCCCGUUCUAUUCCUCCACCUCGCCCACAGCGAAUGAAUUCUUACACGCUUGGAGAAAGGUCAUCGUCACCCCUCAUCAAUCCAAUGGCCAGCGUGUUGGUACCAGUGCGAGGCAUGGGCUCAGCUUUGUCGAUGCCGGCUGUUACAGGGAAAGGAGCUGAUUUGUUCGCCAAGAGGCAGUCUCGUAUGGAGAAGUAUGUAGUGGAUUCGGACACUGUGCUGGCAGCCACUGCACAGGCAGCCCAGCAAGCCCAGGCAGCCACUGCGCAGGAAAACAAGGAGUUUGGCCGGAGCUACAAUCUGUCCCCACCCGCCGCCAAAGCACCAUCGCUGGGCCUCCGGUCAUCGGCUGGAUCCCCCUUUCCCUCAUACAAACCCCUGGUACAGGCCUCGUCUGCUCAGGCCCCCCCAAUGAGGCAGACGUCAUGGCUGGACAGGAGUCACAAGCCUCCUUCCCCCUGGGAGGCCGCAGCUCACCACCCCAUGGGCCUGGUUGACGAGGCCUUCGCCUUCCAGAACCUCCAGCAGGCCAUCGCCUUCAACGUUCGCUCGGCUGCCCAGCGCAAGCUCCUCCCUGAGCCCCCUGCCGAGUGGAAGGCUAGGGUGUCUGACGACCCUCCCAGGAAGACUGAGGUAUGGAACCCGAACCAAAGAUGGAACAAGAGACAGAGCUGGGGUCAGAGCCAGGGUCAGAGCCAGGGUCAGAACCAGGAUCAGAGUCGGAGUUACAGCAGAGUUAUGCCUCCGUUCCUGUCCCCGACCAAGAGCAUAGCCUCGGCCCCCACUGGUCCGACUGGCUACAGGUCCCUGCCCAGACAGUGGCAGCCACAGAGGUCCCUGACGGAGACCAACAUCGGGCCCUCUGGGGCUAUUCAUGGGUACGGAAGGCCCCUUGGGGGCCAGCAGCAGCCGAGCUACAGAUCUGUGUACCACACUAACUGGAGCUGGAGACGCUAGAGGCAGACAAACAUGAUGGUUACUUCAUAACAACACCAAAAAGUAACUCCAGGAUAUUCAGAUGAAGCUGGUAAUUGUGGCCAUAUAUAUCACCAUUAAAUAAAACUUGGGACAAUGGGAUAACACAUUGAUUGAGGAGAGUGAGGGGCUAGCUAUUAUGUUUGUGAUGUGUAUAGGAGAGAGUUUAAGAGGGAGGUCUGUUUUUAGAUCUGCUUAUUCGGUUUCACUGAGAAUACUGCUAGGAGUAUACAGAUGAUGACAUUCCCGCACCAGAAUUUAGUUGAGAGAGACAGACUGUUGCAUUGCAUUCAAGUACGCAUAAAUGCCAGACAGAUUAAGCCAGUAAAUGUUUUGGUAUUGGGGACACUGUCAAUGAUGGUUCUAUUUUAGCAAAUGGGCCACUAUUGAGUUUAACUUUAUCAAGUUUUCAUUGGACAAAAAUCAAUGAGUGAUUGACGGUGCAAUUCCACCCUUCUUUUUGCUUCAGAGGCUUUCAUUUCGUCCAACACUGUGAGGCGAUAGUGGCAUUCAAAGUAAGUGAAAUCAAUAGUAUUUCUUUAGAGGACGUAAUGGGCAUAAAGUAUGUUGUAAGGCAGAAUGUGUAAUUGGUAUGUAUAAAAAUGAAAGGAUAGGAGUAAUGAAUGGACAGGUACACUGAACGAAAUAUAAACGCAACAUGUGAAGUGUUGGUUCCAUGUUUAAUGAGCUGAAAUAAAAUAACCCAGAAAUGUUCCAUAUGCACAAAAAGCUUAUUUUUCUCAAUUUUUUUGUGAGCAUUUCUCCUUUGCCAAGAUAAUCCAUCCACCUGACAGGUGUGGUAUAUCAAGAAGCUGAUUAAACAACAUGAUUAUUACACAGGUGCAUCUUGUGCUGGGGACAAUAAAAGGCCACUCGAAAAUGUGCAGUUUUGUCACACAACACAAUGCCACAGAUGGCUCAAGGUUUGAUGUAGCAUGCAAUUGGCAUGCUGACUGCAGGAAUGUCCAUCAGAGUUUUUGCCAGAUAAUAUGAUGUUAAUCUCUCUACCAUAAGCCACCUCCAAGAUUGUUUUAGAGAAUUUGUCAGUACUUCCAACCGGCUUCACAACCGCAGACUACGUGUAUGGCGUUGUGGAGGCGAGUGGUUUGCCGAUGUCAACGUUAUGAACAGAGUGACGUAUGGUGGAGGUGGGGUUAUGUUAUGGGCAGGCAUGGGCAGACAACGAACACAAUUGCAUUUUAUCGAUGGCAAUGUAAAUGCACAGAGAUACCGUGACGAGAUUCUGAGGCUCAUUGCUGUGCCAUUCAUCCGCCGCCAUCACCUUAUGUUUCAGCAUGAUAAUGCAUGGCCUCUUGUCACAAGGAUCGGUACAUGAUUCCUGGAAGCUCAAAAUUUGAGUUCUUCCAUGGCCUGCAUACUCACCAGACAUGUCACCCAUUGAGCAUGUUUGGGAUGCUCUGGAUUGAUGUGUUCCAGUUCCUGCCGAUAUCCAACAAUUUAGCACAGCCAUUGAAGUGGAGUGGUACAAUAUUCCACAGGCCACAAUCAACAGCCUGAUCAACUUGAUGCGAAGGAGAUGUGUCGCACUGCAUGAGGCAAAUGGUGGUCACACCAGAUACUGACUGGUUUUCUGAUCCACGCCCCUACCUUUUUUUAAGGUACUGUGUCAGUGGCCAACAGAUGAAUAUUUCUAUUCCCAGUCAUGUGAAAUCAAUAGAUGAGGGCCUAAUGAAUUUAUUUAAAUUGACUGAUUCCUUAUAUGAACUGUUACUCAGUAAAAUCUUUGAAAUUGUUGCAUGUUGCGUUUGUAUUUUUGAAAAGUAUAUAUUUGUGUCAAAGACCUUGAAUGCUGUGGGAAGUAUACCUGCUAUGUUUGCUGUGCAUCAUACAGAUCACCCACUCUCACCAAUGAACACAACACAAGGCAAGUGGGAAAUUGCGGUGCAGUACAAUAAUGUGCGUCGACAAGCUAAAACCUAGUACGAUAGCGUUAGUUGAUAGGACACUAAAGCUGUGAGAAACACACAGCAAAACACAGGUGCUACGAUAGUGGUUGGUGGCGUUAGACACAAAAGGGUCAGGUUUGAUGGUUUUAUGAUGUUGAAGUUCAACUGUGGAUGUAUUUACAAUGCAUCCGGAUUUUUGUGGUGUUUGUGUACUCGCAUGUCUUGUCAAACGAAAUGUGUCAAUAUGAUGCUGGGAAAUGCUUAGGGAGUCAAUUAAAGCCAAGAAAACCAUUUUACAUCCAGAGCAAGGAGCUAUGGACACAGGGCUGAAUACUGAUCUGGGAUAUAAAUCACAUCUCAAACAUCCACAUAAAUCAUAAAUAUUUAGGUAAGUCCUUUAGAAGACUUUACAUAAAUAUAUCAAGGCCAGGAUUUCAACACUUACUGCAUAGUGAGAAGAAAUACUGUUGAUGCAUUAUGGGUCUAAACCAGGCUUAAAACUUGGGAAAUGGAUAAAUCUAUAACUCAGCAAGUCGGGAAGACAGGUUAUUAAGUACGCUCUCCACUUAGAGAGAUCAAUUCAUUAUUUUCUCUGGCUGCCUUUUAUGUACUACAUGAACAUGUGGCAGACAACAAGGGUUGUGUCACAAAUGGCACCCUAUUCCCUAUAUAGUGCACUACAUUUGACCAGGGUAGAUCGGGGGCUCUGGUCAAAAGUAGUGAACUAUAUAGGGAAUGAAGGGGAGAGCAUCAAGCUCUCUAAUUUAUCUAACAGGACAUUCUUUCUCCUGCAAGAUAUUUAUCCAAGUGAUUACACUGUGGGCACCUGGAAAAAUAAUCUCCAGGUAUGUAACAGUGUUAACACCAGGCACAUUAGAGAGAAUAGAGUGAGGGAUGGAAAUGAUGUUCUUGGACUUUGAUAUUUGCUGUUGUCCGUGGCUGGUGAGAAAUAGGCUUCGAGCAAAUAGAUCAUGUAGAAUAAAGUAGAAAAUGAAUGAUUGUAUGUUAAUUAUUUGGUCAUGGAUGUGUAUGAAGUUGAAAUUGUGAGAUACAUCACAUGCGUUUGUCUGUGUUACUUAUUUCUUUCAUUACUUUUCAUAGCAGGCCUACCAACUGUAUGUGUGAAUGCGAUGGAUCAAAUUCUGAAUGUUCAUGUAUCAUCUCUUAUUAUUGCAAGAUUUGAAAUUCUUGUCUCACAGAGUGAACACUAAUAUCUCUCUAUCAUGUGAUUUUAGAUGCCCACUGUAUUUGUGGCAUCAGCAAUGAUAUGUUUGAGUGAUAAUGAUGUAUUCAUGGUUUUUCUUUUUUGAUUAUUUUACACAAACACUUUCUGUCCAAACAACUAGCUAAUGUCUGUUUGAACUGUAUAAUUCCGAAGUUCAAAGUGUUCUUUUCGUUGAUUUUGAUUUCUUCAUUGGAUUUCAGUAGGCUACUAUUCUGAGCUGUAUGAGGCAUUUUGGAAAAUAAAAAUGCAUUGGCCUACUGA